GUAAGACACAUCCGUUGUACACGAGAAGUUAAGCUGUGCCCUGGUCGGCCAUGCUCUGGUUAUGAGCCACUCAGGAGUGAUUCACAUGCAGGGAAAGGGCGUGGGAGUGACGCUUCAAUCCUGCCCCUGACCCUGCCUGACCCCUCGGAUAUUGGCCUAAGGCCAACACCUACUGUGAUUUGGGACAACACAGUAACGAAGCUAAUAGAGAUAUCUAGUUUGGCCCUCAUCCAGGCCUACAUCGGAGUUGUAAACCCAUAAAUGGCUCCGGCUGUGACCACGCCGCCAGUACCCAGCGCGCCUAAAUUCUUGGCCUCCGAGUCUGGAACAUCGGAACCCAAAGGUAGCGGGAGCGGGUUCCCAUAUGGAGUCAUCGUUGGAAUUCUCAUGAUCUUCUUCGGGGUAGUGCUGAUAUGUCCUUGGUGCAUAUGGCGCAGGAGAAUCAGAUGUACGCUACGACCAGAAGCCCCCCGUGCAGCGCGAACCCGGCGGCCUGCAAGUAUCUUGUCCUUUGACGACGCGAUGUUCGAAUUAUAUCAGGCUAGGCGCGAUUCUCGUCGUGCGUUCCGGCCUGCAUCGCACCUCCCCUCGCUUCCUCGAACUUCAGCCGGAGGACAGAGUGCUAGCCCAACACUCAUCUCACCCCCUUCUCCACCUCGAAACUUCACAACAACGAAAUUUUUUCCUCCUGAGGGAGAGGCCAGCGAAUGUCCUAUUUGCCUCAAUGACGUUGAUUCGGCCGAUAUGGUGGAAGGCGCGCCUUGUGGGCAUCGCCUCUGUACCGUAUGCAGAGAUACGCUGAUCGGGAUCGCCAGUCGAAAGGGAGAGACCGCUCGCUGUCAUGCUUGCCGUCACCCGUACAAGCGCCAUUAACAGUAUUUUUGACGCUAAUUAAGUACAUUCCAUGGAGUCAUUCUAUUUUCCGGGAUAUUGGGGCUGAAAAGACAGAUAAUUUGGACAUUCCUGUUGAUCUAACUGAGACUUUGUAGCGUUGCCUGUAUACCCUCACUUCUAGGAGUUUCCCACUGUAUCCGCUAAUCGAGUAACAGAUGCUGAAUGUAUUUUAACAUCAUGAAACAAUGUAUGAUUAGAUGCAC